AUGGUGCCCCUCUCCGGACCCUGGACCCACCGCCUCGCCCCCGGGAGACCCCCGCGCCACCUGCCCCUCCUGCUGCUGCUGCUGCCGCUGCUCCCGGUAGGCGCCCUGUCGUCGCCGGAGCCCUGCCUGCUGCCGCCGCCGUCGUGCCACGUCCUCGCCCGGAUCGGACACACCGUGCGCCUCGGCGCGCUGCUGCCCGCCCGCCAGCCAGCCCGGAUACAGAACGCGCUCAACCGCGCCCUAGCUAGCCUCCGCCACCAGAGCGCCACCGCCGCCGCCGCCUCGGACUCCCUCCCGCUGCUUCCCUACAACCUCAGCCUGGAGGUGGUGGCUCGCUCCCCGACCGGAUGGGACCCGGCGUCGCUAUCCCGGUGCGCCUGCCAGGAGCUGGUGGUGCGCGGUGUGUCCGCCGUGCUCGCCUUUCCGCGCACCACCGAGGAGCUGGUCCAGGUGGAGUUCCUCUCCUCUUUCCUGGAGACCCCCUUCGUCUCCAUCCUGGAGGACACGGAGCCUCUCGUCACCAAGAACGCAUUCCACCUGCAGAUGUCGGCCCGCGUGCCUCCGUCCUCCCUGGGCGGCCUGCUGCUGGCCGUCCUGCGGGGGGGCGACGGGGGCCGUGGCGGCGCGGCCGUGCUCUGCCCCGGCUGGGAGGAAGGCAGCGACGGGCUGCUGUCCCACCUGCAGACCCGCGGCGGGGCCGCAUGGCACCUGCGGGACGUGGUCAAUCUGACCCACGUCUCGGGCGGCGGCGGGCGCGGCGAGGCCAGCGAGGAGAAGCGGGAGGACCAGAGGGAGGAAGAGGUCCUGAGGAUCCUGUCCACGCGCUUACUGCGGGCCGCUUCGCCCGUCUCCAGCGUCCUGGUGCUGGGCUCGGAUCCGGAGUGUCUCUCCUCUGUGUUGCGGGCCGCCCGGCGGCUCGCCCCGUCGCUGCCGGCCCUGCGGUGGAUCAUGGGGUGCCCCCUGUCGCCGGACUCCCUGCACACCUUGGGGGGUCCUCUCGGCCUGCUGGCGUACGGGGAGGUCGGACGCAAGCCCGUCAGCUUCUACAUCCGCGAUGCGAUGCAGCUGAUUGGCCGAGCCGUCACCGCGGCUGCCGUGGCCAGACCCGACUUGGCGUUGAUCCAGAACGUGGUGAACUGUUACGACAAAGCGACGCGACGGGAACCGCCUUCUUCGGGACAAUACCUGUCCAGGUUUUUCCCCAACACCUCCUUUACCGGGGCCACAGGCUUGAUCCAGGUGGACGGCGGCCUCUCCAGAGUACUUUCGUCACAGCUCUUCCACGUUUGGAGCCUCAAGAGGGGCGCCCUGGGCCAGCCGGCCUGGGUCACCGUGGGCCAGUGGUCCCGAGGCAGGUUAGAGUUGGAGGGCGGCGUCCACGGGUUGGUGGGAGGCUUCGGCAGCAGCCAGGGUCAAGGUCUCGGCGCCGGGGUGAGGGGAGGAGACGGUCAAGGGGAUUUUCACGCCGGGGGACGCUGGAGGCCCGGGCUUUCCGUGGAGGGGCACCGUCUGCGGGUGGUGACGCUGGUGGAGCACCCGUUUGUGUUUACUCGCGAGGUGGACGAGGACGGGCAGUGUCCGGCCGGACAGCUAUGCCUGGACCCCAGGAACAACAGGUCGGACGUGAUACAAGGACUCUUCAACCAGCUGCAUAACCCCAAUGCAUCAGUGACAGGCUGGGACGGCAACAGCCUUGCAGACGACCUGCGCAAGUGCUGCUACGGCUACUGCAUCGACCUGCUGGAGAAGCUGGCGGAGGACAUGGGCUUUACUUUUGACCUCUACAUCGUCGGGGACGGGAAAUACGGGGCGAUGAGCGGCAGCGGCCGUUGGACCGGCCUGGUGGGCGACCUGAGGAACGGCCUGGCGGACAUGGCGGUCACCUCCUUUUCCAUCAACUCGGCCAGGAGCAGAGUCAUCGACUUCACUUCGCCCUUCUACUCCACCAGCCUGGGCAUCCUGGUUCGCAGUCGGGACACCGCCGCCCCCAUCGGCGCCUUCAUGUGGCCCCUGCACUGGUCCAUGUGGGUGGGCAUCUUCGUCACGCUGCACCUCACCGCACUCUUCCUCACCCUGUACGAGUGGAACAGCCCCUUCGGCAUGACCCCCCACGGGCGCAACAGGGUGCGCGUCUUCUCCUAUUCCUCCGCACUCAACCUCUGCUACGCCAUCCUGUUCGGCCGCACCGUCGCCACCAAGACUCCCAAAUGUUGGACGGGCCGCUUCCUGAUGAACCUGUGGGCCAUCUUCUGCCUCCUGGUGCUGUCCAGCUACACGGCAAACCUGGCCGCCGUCAUGGUUGGCGAAAAAACCUUCGAGCAGGUGUCGGGAAUCCACGACGAAAAGCUGCACCAUCCCUCGCUGGGCUUCCGAUUCGGGACGGUGCGGGAGAGCAGCGCCGAGGACUACAUGAAGAAGAGCUUCCCCGAGAUGCACGACUACAUGCGACGCUUCAACCAGCCCACCACCCCCGACGGCGUGCAAAUGCUCAAGACAGAUCCCCCUACUCUAGAUGCCUUCAUCAUGGACAAAGCCCUGCUGGAUUUCGAGGUGUCCAUCGACGCCGACUGUAAACUUCUCACUGUGGGAAAGCCGUUCGCCAUCGAAGGUUAUGGCAUAGGCCUGCCGCAGGGCUCGCCUCUGACCCGCAACGUGUCCGAAUUCGUGAGCCGCUACAAGUCAGACGGCUUCAUGGACAUGCUGCACGACAAAUGGUACAAGGUGGUGCCCUGCGGGAAGCGCGUCUUCGCCGUGACCGAGACGCUCCAGAUGGGCAUCCAGCACUUCUCGGGCCUGUUCGUGCUGCUGUGCAUGGGGGUGGGUGGUGCCUUGCUGACCUUGGCGGGCGAGCACACCUUCUACCACCUGGUCAUCCCGCGCCUCCGCCGCAGACACACGCUGCAGUACUGGCUGCACACCAGCCAGAAAAUUCACCGAGCUCUCCACACGGCGUAUGAGGACGAAGGCAAAGAGCUGACAGGCCUUGAACAAAACGCCUUCUCUUGCAUCUCGGAGAACUGCAGCCUGCACAGGAAGCAGCAUCAGAAGCCUCCCCCCAAUUCCCUCCCCGCCUCCAGCUCGGUGGCGGACAGCGGCAGCUCCUCGUCGCCGUCCCACGAGCCCAAGGAGAAGCGGGUGCACUUUGACCUGGACACCCUCCACAGCUAUAGGCUGCGUACCCACACCGCCUCGGUACGCGGACGCCCCGGUAUGGUGGGCCGUCCCGGGCUGGGCCUCGGCGGCUUGGGUCUGCCCGGCCUGGUGAGUUUGGGCCUCCAAGCCAACGGGGGGCCGGUCUCGGCGCUGGCAUCCUCCGGUUUGGUUCCCCCUCCUCUGGGGGGAAGGGACGCCCAGACCGGCUUGUGGGAAGGGGAGCUCCGGGAGCUCCAGGAGAAGAUUGAGAUUUUCCGGAACCAGCUCCGGGAAGCUCUGGCCAGGAGGGCGGAGAUUCAGACCAGCUUGGACAGGGAGCGUAGCGGGACGGUGCGUCGGGACACCAGCCUGGACAGGGAGCGUGACCGGUUGCGGGUCCAAACCAUCAGCACAGACAAGAGCAGCGCCGCUCAGCCCGACAGAACCAGCCACACGCUCAACAACCAGCCUCGCCCGGCCGGCACCGGGAACCUCACGCCCGGGAGAAGCGGCCAACUGAACACAAUCGACAGCCUGGACCGAGGGCGAGCCGCCUUCUUACGCUCAGUUCUCCCCCAGACGGAUGACCGGACCGGCCAGUCGCGCGGCGUCUCUUCCGCCAGUCUGGACCGAAGUCGACUCGGCCAGCCCGACGCCGUCCGGUCGGCUCGGAACACUUUGAGCCUGGACCGGCAGAAGGCGAGCCCGACGCCCGUUCUCAGCACUUUGGAGAGGACAAGAGCCAGCCAAUCGGACGCAGGGGGCGCGAACUGAUUUGACUUGAUCUCCGGUGGGGGAAAAAAAUAGCGCAUAGCCGCGGGAAGACAUUAUGUAUUAUUACACAAUUAUCUUGAAAAGAAUUAACAGCAGACUCAUUUCUACAUUUUAGUGCAAAAAAUCGAAUACAGUACGCCCAACUUUUCACUGAUCACAGCAGCAAGUGCGCACUUGAAACAAAUGUGGCUAGCGUAAUAAAAUAAUCAUAGCUAUUUGGUGAAUACAAAAGAAUAUUUUUAAUUCAAGUUCUGUCAAUUCAAUGUACCCUUGCAUUUCUAUAUUUCUUCCCAUAAUUUGAAUCUUUAUAUUAAUUAAGCUAAUGGUGCUUUCGCGCACCCGAUUUUUAGUUAUGACAUAAAUUGCCAAAAUCUGCCUUUUGACGAUUGGAAUACUUGAAAAGUAAAUGCAGCGAUGCCCGCUUGGAUGCGAUGUGGUGACUCCAAAUGUCCAUGUUUAUUUUUCUAAUUAUUAGUAUUUUUAAAAUGUAUUUUUAUUCUUUGAGAGAAUAUUUAUUUCACACAUUCAGGGAGAUUAUUGUAAUUAUUGUGGUUCUUUUACUUUUAAAAUAUGCUUAUCUUAUUCUUAUUAUUGGCGGUGGGGGAGUGCAAAUGGAUUUGAAUGGACCCAAUCCAACUAAGUAUGACGAUUUACGUGACUUCGCCCAGCCAAAAUCAUAAAAAGUUUCAAAUGAUAUUUUAUUACAAUAUUUUUUAAGUAAAUGCCCAAAAAUUUACAAUAAAUUGUUCUUUCUUUUUUGUUAUUCAUUAAAUAAUGCCAAUUUUAUUCUCAAUACUUAAUAUAAUAAUGUAAUGUUUACUAGUAUUAAUUUUGGCCCAUGUCCCUGAACACCACACACGUCUCAAUUUCUUCUGCUAUCUUCUCAGAGAAUAUAGUAUUAAAAUGAAAUGUAUUAUUUUUACUGACAAACGUAACACAGGAUUGCCAUUCAACUCUGCAUUCGACCACUAGAAGGCGCCCUUGCCGUCCUUCCCGCGGCUACGGACGCCUUGCAAAGUGACUGAGGACAUUUAUGAAGCAAUCUAUUUUUAAAGAGGAAAAAAAAAAAAAAUAAGUGAAAUGUUUAAGGCCUUUGUGGAUUUCUUGGAGCACUUGAGUACAUUUUCAGCUGACCAUGUGUAAUACCGCUGCAGUUCUGCUACUACCAUGUUCGGAUCUGAGGACAUCACUCGAAGGGUUUUAAACGUGGGAAAAAAACUGUUUACCUCCGAACUCACAAGGAUGAGAACACAUUUUACAUUCAAAAACAAAAGCGCGCGGUACUAAAAUGUUGACGCAAAAUACUUUUCAUCCAUCUAAUUACACACUAAUUGUAACCACAUUUAUGAAGAUUUUAUG